AUGACAAAUGAUGAUGAUUCAAUUGAUAUUAUUCCCGGUAUUCAAUAUCAUUCUAAAAUUCAUGUUGAUUAUCUUUCUCAUGAUUGGAAAAAUGAAAAUGUUUGGAUCUCUUGGAAAGUAAUGACUAAACAAAAGAAAAUAUUUGAUAAUGGUAUUCGACUUGAAAAUGCUUCUUGGAGAGUUUGGGCAAAACAAAAAUAUAAUCUUAAAACCCUUAACCCUAAAGAAUUAAAUUGGUUGAAGGAUGAUGAUAUAACUUGGUUAUAUGGACCUGCUUGGUCAAAUAAUAUUGAAACUUUAUCUAAUUUACAAUAUAAUGAAGAUAAAUCAAAUUAUAUAUCAUCAUCAAAAAAAUCAUGUUUAAAGAAAAAACCAAUGUUGGAAAUACUUUGCCCCAUGAUUAAAAGACAAGAAAAGAAAAAUCGAGAAAAUGAUUCAACAUUUGAACCAAUUUUAUUAUCUACCGAAAAUAAUGAUGAUACGAAUAAUCGAAAAAUUCAAUUCAAUGAUUAUGUUGAACAAUAUAUCGCUACUGAUAAUGAAAAUAAUAGUAGUGAAGAUGAAAUAUCAAAAAAUUGUUCAACGAUAUGUAAAUUGGCUCCUACAAAAUUAAAAGAGGAUCGAAUUUAUCAUGAAUAUUCUUUAUUACGUUCAAAAAAUUCAAAAAAUUCAAAAAAUUCGAAUAAUUCGAGUAAAUCGAAAAAUUCAAAUAAUUCAAGCAACUCAAAUAAUUCAAAUGAUACAACAUGGAGUUACUUCCAAUUCUUCUUUUAUAUAAUAAUCAUUUCGAUAACAUUGAUUAUUUAG